AUGUUCAAAAAAUUUGACCCAAAAGAAGAUAUCUCAUCUUCCACAUCAUUAAAAUCUUCCGUCCAAAGAAAUAUUCGUUCGCAACUUUUAGUUCAACUUCCAUUCCUUUCCACUCCAGUAUGGCGAGACUCCUCCACUUUAAGUACGACCGCUCCCGUGAUGACUCCUAACGACCAAGAGACGGAGGAAGAGGGAAAAGGGAAAUCAUCCAUCUCGACACCUGACGACGAAGAGAUAGGUAAGAAAGGUAAAGGGAAGAAUAAGGGGAAAGGGAAAGGAAAAGAAGAGAAAAAGGGAAAAGGUAAAUUGAAAGAAGAUGAUGAUGAGAAAGAAGAAGAUGUUGGUGAUAUGAUUGUUUUAGAUGAGAUUUGGCCCAAAAAAGAAUCUUUAGGUUUGACAAAAUGCCACGAUCGUAUUUCCAUCUUUACAGUCAAUUCCACGCCUUUGUUCGUACAACAUUUCGAUGGACCUUUCAUCCCGACUCUCAAACUAUUGCAUAGAUAUCCAGCUUUAUUACCCCACGUUCAAAUAGAUAGAGGUGCCAUCAAAUUUCUCCUUGCCGGAGCAAACAUGAUGGCUCCUGGAUUCCUCUCUCCCGGUGGUCUCCUACCCGACGGAUUAAACCAAGAUCAGCUAGUCGCCAUUCAUGCAGAAGGCAAAGAACAUGCUUGUGGCAUAGGUAAAAUGACUAGUUCUAGUGAAGAAGUUAGAAAGGUAGGUAAAGGGAUAGCGGUGGAGGUUAUCACUUGGAUCGGAGACGAUUUAUGGAAGAUCGACACGAUAGGAUUAUAAGUGCGAACUACGAUCAUUCAAUCAAAACGCAUUUGACAAAAGGAAAACCUGGAUUUUUGACGAUUUUCAGUAAAUGAAACAAAGUAUGAUCAUGCAUCUUAUUACAUUG